CUUCUCAUGUGUCAAUUUUAACCUGCUCAGCGUUAAGAAUUUAAAGCUGCUUUAAUUAAUUGCGUUGUCGUCGCACUGCUUUCUGGUUGCAUGCGCUCGCAAUUCAAUCGAUUUCUACAGAAUCCUUGCAGCCUCCAAGGACUUAAGGAAACAGACAGAAAUAAAUAAAUAUUGUUAGAUUUGACUGAAAAACAAAAGUGCGCCCCUUGAAUCCCAUAGUUAGAUGCGAAUUGAAUCCUACCGCGAUACUGCUUUCGAAUUUGUUGUCCAUUGCGCCAUGAAGCGUCAGAACGUUAGAACACUGUCGCUGGUGGUAUGCACAUUUACCUAUUUGCUCAUCGGGGCGGCAGUCUUUGACUCGCUUGAAUCGCAAACCGAGGCGAAGCGUUGGGAAUUUUUGCAAGCGGUCAAGAAUAAUUUCGUUAAGAAAUACAAUGUGAGUGCAGAAGACUACCGGAUGAUCGAAAUAGUAAUAAUAGAGAACAAACCACACAAGGCGGGACCUCAGUGGAAAUUCGCUGGCGCAUUUUAUUUUGCCACUGUGGUGCUGGCAAUGAUUGGCUAUGGACACUCCACGCCGACAACCGUGGCUGGGAAGCUAUUUACAAUGUGCUAUGCUAUGGUGGGCAUUCCUUUGGGACUGGUUAUGUUCCAGUCCAUCGGUGAACGUCUCAACAAAUUUGCAUCCGUGAUUAUAAGACGAGCGAAGCGAGCAAGUGGAGCACGCUGCACGGACGCCACGGAAAUGAAUCUUAUGCUGGCCACUGGCAUGUUAUCCUCGAUAAUUAUUACGACGGGAGCAGCAGUCUUCUCCCGUUACGAAGGCUGGAGCUAUUUCGACAGCUUCUAUUAUUGCUUUGUGACGUUAACAACUAUUGGCUUUGGGGACUAUGUGGCGCUCCAAAAUGACCAAGCGCUGACCAAUAAGCCAGGAUAUGUCGCCCUCAGCCUGGUUUUCAUACUCUUUGGAUUGGCUGUAGUUGCCGCUAGUAUUAAUCUGCUAGUGCUGCGAUUCAUGACCAUGCAAGCCGAGGACGCCAAGAGGGAUGAGCAGGAUGCCCAGAAUCAGGCUGCUGGUAAUCAACCGCUCACAUUUGAUGACGAAUCCACAUACAACAUGCACGGCAAGCUGUUGGAGAACAAUUACACGACCGAAAAUGAUGAGACCGUGUCCUUGUGCUCCUGCACCUGCAUGGGCGGCACACGGUGCCUGAAUCACGAGCAGUUUAUCGAUCCGGAUUUUCAGCCAAUGGAUAUUAUUGAGAGCACUCUUUGCCUGAAACGUGCAUCUGUCUGAUACAUUCGAGAUCAGCUGUUUAAGCCAAGUUAAGACAAGUCCCCACUUAAAUAGAUGCCAAAUUAUUUUAGUGAAAGGUUGCCAAAUUAUACCGACUUACUAUAACUGGAGAACUCACUAUCGAGGAAAAGAAAAACCAUUUAUCCAACGUUUACGAAUUUUUAAGAACUGUAGAUGACCCUUAAACCCAACUGUAGAAAUCGCAUUAUUAAAGAACUUCUCAAAUACAAAACAGAAAUACUGAAUUUGUGUACAAGUAGACAUAUGUAAAUAAAAUAGAUUUUUUUCCAAACACAUGGGAUCGAAGUAGUCUAAUAUUGGGCAUUAGCUUUUUGAAGCUGUGCCUGUUUCAUUCCAACAUCGACUCGACUACGGUACACGUAUAGAAAAAAA